CAAACAUUUUCGAGGUUAUGUCACCAAAAAAAUCAAAAAAUAACAAAAACGUGUUUUUUACAAAAACUAUGGAAAAUUCCUGGAUGACUUACCGAAAAUUGUAAAAUUUCCUUCGUUUGGCACCGAAAAUUGGCAGUUCAAGGAAAUCAUGGUAGAUCCAAGGAAAGUAAACCAAGUCCUAGCAGCCCUGAAAAUCAAUCCAGAAGACCAAAUAAUUUUCAUCAAAGAAAACUCUUUCGCUGAUUCGAAUUUUGUCAUCACUCAUUUAUUCAAACAAUUAGUUUAUGACAAAAGUAACAUUUGCUUUUUAACUUUGCACAAUACAUUUGACCAUUACCAGAAUGUUGGUAAGAAGCUGGGAUAUGAUUUGAAACAAGUUGUAGAAAAGGGGCAACUGAAGAUUAUUGAUCCGCUUAAAGAGCUUGUAGAUGCAAUUGACUUGGAGGAUUCUUCUGCACAACAAAUAAUUAGGUGCCUUUUUGAUUGCAUUCAAACGCAGAUAAACAAUUUUCUUAUUUCUAAGGAAUCUUUAGUUUACUUAAUCAUAGAUGACUUGAGCCAUUUAUUAGAUUUGGGCAUUGACGUACCUUCAGUAAUAAAUUUUACAAAUGUUUGCCUUAAUUUGACCAGUGACAAAAAUGUUUGCACAAUAAUUAAUUCGCAUGUAGGCUCGAAAAGCGAUCUUUUAGUAGCAAAUAAUAUUCAAUAUGUGUGUGACGUUUGCGUAAGUGUUUCGCCACUGAAAACGGGACAAAGUGCUGAUAUUACAGGAAGUAUGUUGGUGCAAAGGGGGUCUCAGCAAAAUAAAUUUCAUUAUAAGGCUUUUGAUAAGGGUAUAAAAACUUUUCUACCUGGGGAAGCUUUAUAUAAGUGAAUUUCAGUGUUGGUUUUUAAUAAAGGAGUUUUAUUUA